GCGAGUAUGGAUUCUAAAGCGCUGUUCGUCCUGGUAGUAUUACUAGAGCAAAUACUAUUUUCUACACAGUCGAGCGCGUCACUGCUUCGCGAGAAACGAAUAGUCGGCGGUUCGACGCUUCCUAUAACCCGAGUGCCCUACCAGGUGGCACUCAUCUGGGAGAGCUACGUUGUUUGCGGUGGCUCCAUAAUAGCGCCAUUGUGGAUUCUUACCGCUGCGCACUGUCUAUACGAACAUCAGGACAUGGAUAUUCGUAUACGAGCCGGUUCGGACCGUCGAACUCUUGGCGGAAUAUUGCGCCACAUGAGAUGGACUACCAUUCAUCCACAAUAUUCUACCAAGCAUCUUACCAACGAUGUUGCGUUGAUCCUGCUGGACGCUCCACUCAUCAUAACGUCGGGAAUAGCGUGCGUUAGGAUGGCUGAUCCGAACCAUACCCCGAGGACGGGCCAAUAUGGACUUGUUUCUGGUUGGGGUUUGACAAACCCCAAGUUCGAUAAAGCGGAUCACCGUUCCUAUUCGAUAUCGCUUCUGUACACAUUUCUACCCGUUAUCGAGUUCAAUUUGUGUCACAGGUUGUACUCUACGUACACUGUAUCAUAUGCGGUGCAGUUUUGUGCGGGCUACAUGGAAGGUGGAAAAGAUGCAUGUACUGGCGAUUCUGGGGGUCCUUUCACUAUCGGUGACCGUUUGGUGGGUGUCGUCUCUUGGGGCGUGUCUUGCGCUGAGCCGAAACAUCCUGGGGUAUUCGUUAAGGUUGGUGCGUUCAGGGGCUGGAUAGAUGGAAUAAUGCAAAGGUACAGCCGGGCUGGAGGAUUAAAAUGUUCGCGUUAUUAUGAUGGAAGCUAGAUGAUCUACUGUGUUAUUACGCUGUCGGAGAAAUGAGUAUUUAAUGUCGAAAUGAUUGCAUGUAAUACAUAUUUAUAGGAACACAGAAGUGAAAUAGCAUGUAUUUGUGAACUAUAUUACCGUCUCUAUCCAUUUCUAUCGAGUGUUUUACUUUUUACUUAGUUUGUA